UGCGUCAUUCAGGUUUUAAUUGCUUUAUGUACCCGAAUGAAAGCUUGUGUUUGAAAUCUACGGAACAUAUAUAUAUAGAGAGAGAAGGUUAGUAAACAUCAUGAGAAGAGAGUGAGCGAAGUUGUCAGAAGCAGACGGCCCGCUCAUCAUCUGAUUACGUCACGCGGCAGGUAACGACACCUGUCAGAGGCUCUCGUCGACCUGCCACUGACAGCGUCUUCGUCAAGUUUCUUAAGUAAACGAGCAGAUUUCUAAGUGGUCGCCGCGAUGAGGGAGAUGUUUUAGUAUGCAAGUCCCUCCCCGCGGUAGAUAUUCCGGGCGCUCGCCUGACGAUUGGAGGCUGUAGACCGGCGGGAUCGAUCGAGGUCACACACAGAAGAAGACACAGUCAAAGGAACUACACAAAAGUUGUUUUUUCGUUUUUUCUUCGGAUUAAAGUUCCAAGCGUGAAUCAAAUCACAGAGAUUCGUGACAGGGGCAGUUAACACUACAGUCCUUUUACAAAGAAACCAGUAAUCCGGACUUCUUGGAGAGCCCCAAUAGCUAACUGACGACACAGGCUUAAGCCAGGUUUACAUUUUGACCGAGAAAGAUGGAGGAUGAGGCGAUGCAGAUUCAGGUGUAUAUCGCCAUUGGCUUCAUGUCCUUAUUUUCACUGGUGGGGACGAUAGGCAACGCUCUGGUUCUCUAUGUGUUCGCCCGGUACAAGAACAAACUAACAUCCACCAUUUUCAUCCUGACACUGGCUGGCGUGGACUUUGUCACGUGUUGUGUGACGAUACCUUUCACUAUUGUCACCGAGGCCGUAAAGUUUCAACUGAAAUACGACAUUGUUUGCCAGAUUUAUUUAUUUCUCAUUACGACAACAGUCCCCUUUUCGGCGUUUGUGAUGGUAGCAAUAGCUGUUGACAGAUAUCUCUGUAUCGUAUACCCUUUUAAACAUGCAAUGACAAUUCGCCGCGCUGAAAUAAUCGUUGGAAGCCUUUGUGUGUUUGCAGUGGUCCUUGGGAUUACAAUUUGCUCCCAUUACCGAAUCACUCCUAUCCCUAAUGUUGAUCCGAUGUUGAAUGUUACCGUAUUACUAAACGCCUCUUUGAGUGAAAAUACUACUCACGAUGAGAUCUGUUUGCCGCAGGAGACCGAGUUUUUCUUUAUAUUCCAGAAAAUAUAUUCAUCAUUUUUCGGAAUCUGUGCUUUGAUCGUCAUAAUUCUUUAUGGGUUGAUUUACAGAUCGGUGUUAGCACGUCGAAGAAAAAAGAUGGAAAAGUUUAUGUCCAACGGUUGUUGUGGGAUCUGGAACUCUCAGAGUUUUGGGGAACAAACAGAAAUAACCAUGUUGAAUAAUUCCGACAUGAAAAGUUCUCAAGACGAUCACAAGGUUGAAGAAACGUGUGACAAAGCAGUACAGAAAAACGGCAACGCGCAGGUCAGUGACAAAGACGUCAUUUUAAAACCAGGGGGAGUGUCAAAAGCUAAACUGGAAAAAAUGCGGAUCGCAAACAUUAAGACGGCGUUUAUGCUGUCCAUCGUGGCUCUAGUGUUUAUCAUAGCUUUCUUGCCGUCUUGGCUGGUUGCAUUGAAUGUCAUUUCGUCAAACAUCAUUGUGUUUUACAUGUACUUUAUCUAUAAUGUUGUUAAUCCGGUCAUAUACGCCUUUUUGAACGAGACUUUUCGGGAACAGUUAGCGCAAAGGAUUUGCUGUCGUAGAUCAUAAUGCGACAUUUGAUUGUUUGUUAUCCGAAAUCUUGACCACAUUUUUGACAAUUAUUUGUUUAUGUUGCAUGCAAGAUUUGCAAUGGUUUUCUAGGAAUACUCGUGUAGAAUUUUGUUUAGUUGGCUGAAAAAAAACUAUGCAUUGCAAUUUGUUGUUUUAUUUUAUUUCAGUAUCGUUUCUAUUUAUAUUCGUUCGUACACUUGUAAUAUUAUGUAUAUUCAUUAUGAUGGUAUAAAUAUUAUGUACAUGUACAAGUUCACAAACAUUUAAUGCUGUUUAUUUGAAAUCAUCAGUUUAUCCGAAAUAAAGAAAACUUCAAACA